GGCUUCCAGAAUGUCUUCCAGAUGUUUGAUGAUACGUCUCGGCUCCCGCACACCCCACCCAGACCCGUCAAGGCCAGGUUCGACGGCGGGUCGCGCGCGGCGGCGGCGGCGGCGGCUGCGCCCCCCCCGCUGGCGCGGUUCGACUCGCUGAGGGAGACCAAGGUGCUGGUGAGCACGUCCGCGCUCGCUCGGUGCGGCAGCGGUAAGAUUCGUCCGGCGCCGAACGUGUACGUCCCGGGUUCGAGCGCCGCCGCGAGCGGCGGCGCCGGGAUCUUCGGCCACGACGACACGAGCAGGGGCUCGGCGGAUGGAGGAGGACGGGGCGCGGGAUCGUCGUUGCCGAGCUCGCGAGCGGAUUCACCCGUGGAAUUUCGGUUCCACGAUCAUUUCGACUUUCAGAGGCUGAUCGGCCGAUCGCCAACCUCCGAGGCGUGGCUCGUGCGGUCCAAGCAGAGCAACAAGCCGUACUGCGUCAAGAAGGUGACGGCGAAGUUUCGAACCCCCGGGGAACGAAGCCGGUACAUCCACGAGGUUGAAUCCGUUUGCUUCCUCCCGCCGCAUCCCAACGUCGUCAAGUAUUACCGCGCCUGGCAAGAGAACAGGCACUUCUACGCGCAGAUGGAGCUGUGCGAGUGCGGCAGCUUCGGCGCGUGCCUCGCGCGGCUACCGCCCAACUCGUUGGUGGACGAGGUGGACGUGUGGAGGAUGGCGGCGCAGGUGGCGAGGGGUUUGUCGCACGUUCACGCGCACGGAAUCCUGCACUUGGACGUCAAGCCCGACAACGUGCUGCUCGACGCGAGCGGCACGUACAAGCUCGGCGAUUUCGGCGUGGCGUACGUCAAGGAUAAGGGAUGGGAGCUUCAGGACGGGGACGGCGGGUACGUCGCGCCGGAGGUGCUCGCGAUGAACCCCGCGGACCCGGGUUCGAUUCCCACGUCGGCCGCGGAUAUUUUUUCGUUGGGCGCGUCGUUGCACGAGGCGGCGUCUGGGCGCAGGUUGGCGCAGGAGUGGCGGCGGGGGGUUCCGGUGACGCGCGGGGAGUUGCUCGCGCUCGGGCCCGAGAUGGGGAUGAGCCAAACGGGCGACGAGCUCGAGACGUUCGUGCUGCCGCUGCCAGAGGGGCGAUCAGAGGCGCUCGCGCGGCUCGUCAGCGAUUGCGUGCGUCGCGAUCCCCGCGCGAGGCUGACGGCGGCGGAGGUGGCGCGAGUCGCGACGGCGGCGUUGCGCGACGCCGGCUUCGACGCGUAGCGCGCGCGGGACGGACGGACGGACGGGCGCCGGGUGUUGUUACAUAACUCGAAAAAAUAUUGGCCAACGCGGUUUUGUACGAUGAAUGUGUUGUCAUUG